AUGGUGCUGGACGGACUGUGGGCCGCGCUCUCUGGAGCCUCCGGGGCUGCCCUGGCCUGCUGCUUGGUGGCGGCGGCCGUGGCCCUGCGCUGGUCCGGGCGCCGGAAUGCGCGGGGCGCGGCGGCCCGGGCCCGACAGAGUCAGCGAGCAGGCCUGGAGACCAUGGCCAAGGCGGCGCAGCGCUUCCGGCUCCAGAACCCUGACCUGGACUUGGAGGCGCUGCUGGCCCUGCCCCUGCCUCAGCUGGUGCAGAAGUUACACAGUGGGGAGUUGUCCCCUGAGGCUGCCCUCUUCACCUAUGUGGGAAAGGCCUGGGAAGUGAACAAAAGAACCAACUGUGUGACCUCCUACCUGGCUGACUGUGAGACUCAGCUGUCCCAGGCCCCAAGGCAGGGAAUGCUGUAUGGCGUCCCUGUAAGCCUCAAGGAGUGCUUCAGCUACAAGGACCAGGACUCGACAUUGGGCUUGAGCCUGAACGAGGGGGUGCCAGCAGAGUGCGACUGCGUGGUGGUGCAGGUGCUGAAGCUGCAGGGCGCCGUGCCCUUCGUGCACACCAACGUGCCCCAAUCCAUGCUGAGCUAUGACUGCAGUAACCCCCUCUUUGGCCCGACCGUGAACCCGUGGAAGUCCUCCAAGAGCCCAGGUGGCUCCUCAGGGGGCGAGGGGGCCCUCAUCGGGUCUGGAGGCUCCCCCUUGGGCUUAGGCACUGACAUCGGAGGCAGCAUCCGCUUCCCUUCCGCCUUCUGUGGCAUCUGCGGCCUCAAGCCCACAGCGAACCGCCUCAGCCGGAGUGGCCUAAAGGGUUGUGUCUAUGGACAGGUGGCAGUGCCCUUCUCCAUCGGCCCCAUAGCCCGGGAUGUGGAGAGCCUGGCGCUGUGCCUACGAGCUCUGCUGUGUGAGGACAUGUUCCGCUUGGACCCCACUGUGCCCCCCCUGCCCUUCAGGGAAGAGGUCUACAGAAGCUCUCUGCCUCUGCGUGUGGGGUACUAUGAGACUGACAACUAUACCAUGCCCACUCCAGCCAUGAAGCGGGCCCUGCUGGAGACCAAGAAGAGCCUUGAGGCUGCUGGCCACACGCUGGUUCCUUUCUUGCCAAGCAACAUUCCCUAUGCUCUGGAGACCCUGUCAACAGGUGGGCUGUUCAGUGACGGUGGCCACAGCUUCCUACAGAACUUCAAAGAUGAUUUCGUAGAUCCCUGCUUGGGGGACCUGAUCUUAAUUCUGAAGCUGCCUAGUUGGCUUAAAGGACUGCUGGCCUUCCUACUGAAGCCCCUGCUCCCAAGGCUGGCAUCCUUUCUCAGCAACCUGAAGUCUCGGUCGGCUGGAAAACUGUGGGAACUGCAGCAUGAAAUCGAGGUGUACCGCAACACCAUGAUUGCUCAGUGGAGAACACUGAACCUGGAUGUAGUGCUGGCCCCCAUGCUGGGCCCUGCUUUGGACUUGAAUGCCGCAGGCAAGGCCACAGGGGCUAUCAGCUACACUGUGCUCUACAACUGCCUGGACUUCCCUGCGGGGGUGGUGCCUGUCACCACAGUGACCGUGGAGGACGAGGCCCAGAUGGAACAUUACCGGGGCUGCUUUGGGGAUAUCUGGGACAAGGUGCUGAGGAAGGCCACGAAGAACAGUGUGGGCCUGCCUGUGGCUGUUCAGUGCGUGGCUCUGCCCUGGCAGGAGGAGUUGUGUCUGCGCUUCAUGCGGGAGGUGGAGCAGCUGAUGACCCCUGAGAAGCAUCCGUCUUGACGGCCCAGUCGGGCCGGCUCUGGAGGACCUGAGACCCCCGUGCUCUGUGGCCCAGCCUAGUCAGGGCACAACUGUCACCCUGCGAGAUGUUCAGCAUGGGGCAGAGGCUUCCAUGUGCUCUCCCUCAAAUGCUGCAAGAAGUGCAGACCCCCGAGUCUGGACCCUGCUUUCCCUCUGGUCCCCUCUGCCCUGAUCUCCCAACCCCCAUGUGGCAGCCAAUGGGUAUGACAUGGGCCAAAGCCCACUAACAGUCAAGAAACAGUUCCUCGUCUGUGUUCUUUCUGGGCACCAUCGUUAGGGUGCAGGGGGCUGGAACCUGUUGAGAACAGAGCUGGCUUGACCAUCCAGAGCCAGGUGCCAGCCAUGUUAGUCUUCCUGCUCCAAAACCUCCCCUGGUGUCCACCACCCACAGGAUGGACACAGGCUUGUGUCCUCCAGCACUUCACCCCUGCCCCUCACUUAGACUAAGCCCCCCUUUGUUGGACACUACCGUUUGUCUCCUUCCUUCCUUUGCUCCUGAUGUCUGCCAAGAAUGUCCUUUCUGCUCAUCCACCAUUCAGUCCUUUGAGGCCCAGCUCUGAUCUCUCUUUCUCCAGGUAGCUUUCCCUCCUCCUCCUCAGUCCUGGAAUGUGUGGGCUGUUUCCUCCUAGUCUGCCCUGUGUGGUGGGCAUCUGUGGGUGGGUAUAUCCCGUAGCACACUGAUUCUCCUCAGUGGCAGGGACCCCAUUGCUACAGCUUUGUCCUCUGUGGCCAGCACAGGGAUGGGCACAGUGUAGCUGGGAGUCUGAAGUGCUGGCCCAGAGCUGGUGCUGUUGGGCAGAGGAACGCCCAGGUCUGGGGAGGCAAUCUGGUAGAGUGCUUGCAGGGCCGGCCAAGGCCUGGAUUGCUCUGGGAAGGCUUCCUGAAGGAGCUAGGCCUUGUAUUGAGUCUAGAAUCUCCCAGAGGCUGAGAUAGGGGAUGAGGACAUCCCAGGGAGAAGGGCAGUAUGCCUAAAGGCCCAAGGUGAGCUUGGUAAAUGGCAAGCAUGUUGAAUAGGCAUGGGGGAAGCAGAGAUGGAGGUGAGGCCAGGUCAAGAUGGACCUGGGCAGCCAGGUCAGGAACUUGAAUUCUGUCUCAAGGGCGGUGGGGAGCUCUUGAAGGCUCAUACAGGCUCAGCAAGGAGUGGACUGGAGGAGGAUAAGGAGACAGCUCCAUUUUCCCUAAUCUGAGGAAAGUGGCCUGCAGCCUGAGCCGUGGCCCGCAGGUAGAGAGGGGCCAUCUGGGAAUUGACAGCUGGGACGGAGAUGAGCUGUCGGCUCAGCCUCACCCCUGCCCAGUCGGCCAACUCAUCUCUUACUGGACUGUGUCAACUGGCAGGUGGAAGGGUGCCUAGUCUGUGACAGACUCUAGCAGUUUCUUGACCUAGGAGAGUUCCCUCACUCUUCUCUGACCCAGCCCUAGCUCUCCUGCUGGCUGUAGAAGAUGUUCCAGAGCCUGAGCCCUCUAGGCAGGGCAGGUCCUCGGCUACCACGUGGCCUAUUUCAAAUUCUUUUCUGGGCAAGGUGCUUUCCCAAGCCGUCCUUCUCCACCCUGAUUUUCCUACUCCUUAGCUCUCCACCUCAAGGCCGACCACUUAUCCAAGGCGAGGGUGAUCAUGCUUCCCCUCGAGGUAGCCGCACCCACUAUGCUCACACGCUUUAGCAAUGCUGUCCCUGCCUCAGUGGGGCCAGUAUCAGGGCACAUGUGCAGCCCCAACCCUCAUGGGGACACCCAAAUUGGGACAACCAAGUAAAUGCUGCACUUCGCCCUGGUUCCUCAUAACUGCUGCUGUAAUUUUGCCUCUUAUUGCUCCAUAAAAUUACCUGCCAUCUGCCCCAGAUUUCUCCCUCUCCUGCCCCAUUUCUCUCUUGGCAACUGAUAGAGGCUGUGGAGUGGAGGCACCGCUCCUGCGUUCCUUCACCGGCUCAUUCAUUGAGCCCUUGCAGCCUCAGCAUGGUCAUAUCCAGCCUGCUGCUGAGCGGUGCUGGAGACCGACCUGAACCAAGCUUGGCUCCCAUCCUUGACGGGCUCCUGGGCUGUGGGGGAGGUGGACAGUGACACAAAUACAUCUGCUCCCCUGGCACUUGGGGCUAGGGAAAAGGAUACACAAGGGGGCUGAAUGCUGCUGAUGGGAGGGGGAACGGUCACGAGGCAAGUAAGUGUCUACUGCAUUUCAUGUCCCUCACUACACUCUAGUCUAAGCCACCUGUUUCCCUCCUGACCUCCAGUCUACUGGCUUGAAGCCCUUCAAAGUCAUGUGACCAUUGCUUGUUUUCAUGGCCUUUUCCCUUCUCACCGGGUUCACUGCUUCAGCUUCUUACCUGGCCUCCCCUGCCUCCAGACUGAUCGUCAAUGAUUCUUCAUAUGGCAUUUAGGUGACCUUUCUACAUGCAGAUCUGAUCAUACUUAGUUUUUAGUAUCACUUGUGCCACGUCCAGACCUCUUGCUCUGACCCACAAGCCAUGCUUGACCUGACCCUGCUGCUGCCCACUUUGGUCUUAUCUCCCCUUCCCGAGUGCCGGCAUCUGGCCACGUGGCUGCAGGCUGUGCUCUGAACCCUGUGUGCACCUCCCACCUCCAUGCCCUUUGCUGACUGUGCUUGCUGUGCCUGGAAUGCCUUCCACAGCUCUCUACCUCAAGGCUGCCCACUCGUCCAAGGCUGGGGUAAUCGUGCUUCUCUUACAACCCUGUCAUGCUAUGUUGAAAGAGUUCUUUGUUCUGUAUGCACUUGGACGCAGGCACUGUGUCUUAAUAAUAGAAUCCAACAUCUGUUAGGCUGUGGAGUUGAUAACCAUGAUGUCAUUUGGAAAAUGGGCAUUAUUAUUUUCAUUUUGUACAUAGGGGUACUGAAGUUCAGAGAGGGUGGCUAAUUGGUCCAAGGCCAAUCAAUAAGGGGUUAGAGAAGACUUGAAACCCUCAUGCCUGACUCCAAACUUAGUGUACUUUCCUCAUUUGUACAAUCAUCUCAAGAACACUCAUUAAACAUCCUCUGGGCACCA